GUUUUCUGCAAUGGGAAUGUCCUCGCGAAGAUCUCUUAUUGUAAAACCUCUAAAUGAUUCCUCUUCAUCGCUAUCACUGUAUUCCAUGAUUUGCGUUCGUGAGUGCUCUGGCUCGCCUAUUACCAAUGGCAGCCUGGACAAUUUGGGCGGGAAUUUCAACAGUCAACGAAUUAUCAUCAAUAUGAUGACCUAGCAUUUCCGGAUACCAGAAAUCCCUUGGAAAAUACGAUACGUCAAAAAAAAAAACGACCCGCCCAUGACAUUCACAGUAUACCAAAGAGCUUGGUUCUUCUGUCUUCCAAGACAAAUUGACCAAUCAGAUUGCUUUCUAAGACUAAUUCCGGAAACCACAUGCUGUGAGCUCUGGCAAUUGAGCAAUACCACUACAAGACUGGCCUUGUAUUUGAAAGUCUCUCAUUUGAUGCGAAAGUUUAACCACGACUAUUGUCAAAGCUCACUCAAAAUCUCAUCUAYUAGCGAUCAAAAAUUACUUCUUUACGAAAAGUAAGUGGAAUAUUUAAUUACAUGUAAUUGCUAUAGCUAAUUUCAGUUAUUGAACCGGCAUGAGCAGCUACGCAGGCUAURUCACAGUAYGAACAAUUUUUAAUAAUUUGAGUCACCGUGCUCAAAACUCACGCUGGUGUUUUGAAAGUCCGAAACUUUAGUUUCAACGUAUAAACUUAUGGUGAUUCAAAUUAUCUAUUACAUCAAAGUAUGUUUUAUUAAUMCGGUGAAUUUCCUAGAUUAUAUCUCGAUAUGGCAAAUAAUAACUCACAAGAAAGAGGCCCACGUGGUAACUGGUCAGUGAAAGAUGUCGAUGGUUUCCUGUUCAUCCAAGUUAAUGGAAUACGCGCAAAAACAAGGGCCAAACACUUGACUGAAGAAGUUUUAACUGUCUCUGCACACAAAAAUGGCAAAGACAUUUCRAUAACGGUGAAAAAUUCGUUAUCUGUCACCGGAAAAACUACGAUGAUUUUUGAAAUCGGCGAUUUUCAAGCAGGAAAUGGGCCGUUGAGCAGCCCAAAUAUAAAAGCUCAAGAGUUCGAGAACUCCUGGAAAAGAUGGAAAACAUUGAAAGAAAAAGCAAUAGAMGAGUCAGACCCAAGAUUGCCAYUGUUACAUGACUCGAGCGGAGAGGAUGACGAGWGCGAAAAUGAGGUUUUACCACAGACCUCAAAAAAGUCUUCCAAGAUAAAGAAAAGGAACACUGAUGAAGAGGAACUGGAUCUACAGUCCCCGGGGAAGAAGCUCAAACGGGCCACAACAUUGGACCAGGAAAUUUCAGCUCACCACAUAGGCAUGUUCCGUUUGGAUGUUGAUCGUCUCAAAGAUCCCCCCCAGAGAUGGCUGGACCGACCACUUAAUGAGGAACAUGUUGAGUAUUUGGCUCAGUCCAUCCAAGCUGAACCAUUAAGCUUCACCCACGACCAACAACCAUGGGUGGCAGUUGCAGAUAUUUCGYGUGACGACGUGUUAAGAAACAAAAAUCUCGUCAAGGGCUGCAAUAURACUGUGAUCGGAGGAUUACAUAGGAAGGCAGCAUUUGCCAAGGUGUGUUCGACUAAUGAAAACCACCGCCAAUCGUUGAAGCAGGUUUUUGUGUCAUUGUAUGGAAAYACAAUGACAGAUGAGCAAAUAAAACGUGUGGCGGCAAGCCAUAAUCUCAACAAUAAGGCAAGCAGGACRACGACAUGGGUAGACCGGGUGGAGGCCUGUCGUAACUGGAGGUACCAGAUGGAGCGCCUCCCAUUAAAUGGACCCACGCCCCCAUCCACAACGGAGUGGCGAGAUUCUUGUAAGAGGAUGUUCGUGGAAAGUGGAAAGAGCCCGACAACGCUAGAACCAACCCUACAAGCAGCUCUUUUGGAAAAGCCAGUUUGGGAUUUAUUUGUCAUGAUUGCCAAAAAGCACGCCAAGGGCGAACUUAAGGACCAGCAUACAAAACAGAAGCGAAGAAGAAUGAGAAAAAAACAAGAAAUUACUCAGAACCAACUGGGGAUGCCYCUGCAAGGAAUAAGUCUUAACUCGAAGUUGACUUUGUUGAGGGCGGUGGUGAAUGAGGAACUWUCCCUCAAAGAGUUAGCCACCAAAGCAGCUCACAUAAAAAGCAAGCGCAACAUUAUAGAAGCGUUUAUGAAGUACACAGGUGUAGAUUCCUGGGAUGACCUCAAAGCGCAAUUUCCAGAGCACACCAGAGAAGAACAAAUUUCACAAUUUGUUCAUCUSAAAUUCCGUCCACAAAACUUGCCACAGGUGAGUGUACGGUUCAUUAGCACCGGACAUAGUGUAUUACCACUUCAAAGCUAUGCAUGUGCUUCAAAGUUGUUCUUUAAGAGACAGUUGAAUAAAGUUGUAAUUUAA